AUGGAUGAUUCAGACUUCGAUGGCCCUUCUGAUAUCGAACUGGAGCUCGACAGACGGCCCCAAUUCCAACCCCAACAUAGCUUCUGCAAUGGAGAGACACCUCCUGAUGUCCGGAUAACUAAUCCCUGGGGCGUGGGCCAUCGCGUCCAGGCGGUUCGCUCUGUCCUCGCUCUUGUGCUUGACGAGGAAUGUGUCUUUGCGGGCCUGCAGGGCGGCGAUAUUGUGGUUUGGUCAACGAGGACUUUUGAACGCCUCUACUCGAUUUACUCUCAUCACGAUGUAGGUGAUCUGUUUACCGUGGUGUACUCAUCCGGUCUGAAAACAGUUUAUUGCGGGGGUCAAAACACAAGCAUUCAAUGGAGUGACCUCCAACUGGAUGCCCCUCCAUGUCCGCCUAUUCCUGUUCAUCCGUCAAACAGAAGGCAUCGAUUUUUUGAUUCCAAGGGACCUGGUGGCAUUGUUACGUUAAAUCCUGAUGCCGGAGAAGCGGUUCAGAAAUUGGGUCUUGGUGGCCAGAGCCUCAGCUUCAAAAGAGAUCAGCACAAGCUAUAUGCCCAUAAUGGCUAUAUAUAUUGCAUGCUAUUAGUCCGAGGGUUAGAGGAGUGGGCCAAUGGCGAUGAAAUACUUCUGACGGGCUCUGGAGACGGCUCAGUCAAGCUUUGGGAGCUCAGCAAAUGUCCAGAAGGUUCCCCGGUCGAACUAGCCGAGUUGAAAAAUGGCAGUGAUUCGGUACUCUCCAUUGCUGUCGAUGGUGCGUUCCUUUACUGUGGCCUCUCAGGAGGCGCAGUUUACAUAUGGAACCUUGAUUCUCGUCAGAUCAUCAGGAAGCUCACUGCCCACAGUGGAGACAUCUGGGCAAUUGAUGUUGUGGGAAAUGUUAUUAUUACUGGCGACUCCUCUGGUAUCAUUAGGAAAUUUAACUCCAGAUUCGAAGAGGUCGGCUCAUGGAUUGCUCACGAAGGAACGAUGCUGGCAUCAGCUGCUGGUGUUUUCAAAGACAGGCGUAUUUAUGCUACUGGCGGCAAUGAUAAUACAGUCGCUAUUUGGGAUUUAACAGAUCACCCCCAAGAUUUCCAAGAGAUGCCUGCAGUUGGCAACGAUGAGAUGGUCAAUACCCUGGCAAAAUUUGUUUCUUUUAAGACAGUAUCUGCGAGACCCAAAUUUGCUGGAGAAUGUAACCAGGGCGCCGCGUUUCUUCGUCGUCACUGCAAUUAUUUGGGUGCGAAAACUAAACUGUUGGCGACGGGACCAAAUACAAAUCCUAUCGUAUUUGCCAGAUUUGACGCAGCGUCGAAGUCAUCAGCCAACAAAACUGUCCUCUUUUACGGCCACUAUGAUGUUGUCGGUGCAGAUACUAACCAUCUGAAAUGGAAUACGGAUCCGUUCCAACUUUGUUCGAUUAAUGGAUUUUUGUAUGGUCGAGGCGUGUCGGACAAUAAAGGCCCGGUUCUCGCUGCUCUAUAUGCUGCUGCGGAGCUAGCCCAGAAGAAAAAAUUAAGCUGCAAUGUCGUCUUUUUAAUUGAAGGCGAGGAAGAGUCCGGUUCUCAAGGAUUUUCGUAUGCAGUUCGAAAACACAAAGAUUUGAUAGGAGAAGUUGACUGGAUCCUCCUGGCGAAUAGUUACUGGCUGGACGAUCACAUCCCAUGCCUGACUUACGGGCUAAGAGGUGUGGUUCAUGCUAAUUUUGUUGUGACAAGCAGUAACCCUGAUUUGCAUAGUGGAAUCGACGGUAGUUCUCUUCUUGAUGAACCAUUGAAGGACCUGACAAUGCUUCUUGGUACUCUCGUUGGUGCGAAAGGGAAGAUAAAUAUUCCAGGGUUCCAUGAGCCAGUCCUCCCUCUAACUGAAGCGGAAAGGAGGCGAUAUGAUGCAAUUGCCAAAGCCCUACUUCCUCACCACCCAGAAAUUGAGGACUACGAAGCUUUCACCGAUUCCCUAAUGCACCGUUGGCGUGAGCCAUCGCUCACAAUCCAUCGCAUAGAAGUUCCGGGCUGCCAAAAUACAUCCACAACUAUAUCGCGAAGAGCGCGAGCAACACUAUCCGUCCGAAUAGUGCCCAACCAAGACGUAGACAAAGUGGCCGCUGACCUGGCGGAGUUUGCACACGCUCAAUUUGCAAAGUUUGACUCUCAGAACAUCUUGACGGUUGAAAUAACAGGGAAAGCGGAACCGUGGCUAGGAGAUCCUGAGAACGACAUCUUCAAAUUGCUUUCGCGUGCUGUCACCGCAGCGUGGUCUUCCGCCAAGGGGGACCGUCACUACAACUACCCCCCUGUUAAUCCUUCCAACCAACUAUCUCGUCGCGAGCCCCUCCGCACAAACUCAACGGACAGUGUGGCCUCGAAUAUCGGCAGAAUAAUUUCCUCAUCAUCCUCAGUACCAAAAACUCGCUCAGGACACAGGCUUUCGGCACCCACGGUGCCGACCUCUUCAACCCUCACGCACGGUUCUGACCUUCCAGGCACCAAACCUGCCAGCAGACUACCCGCACCCUGCCUACAUAAUGCAUCUCCAUCCCCUUGCGAUGUAAUCUCAGCAGCAGCAGCAACAGCAUCUGGGACGAUGCGGUCUAAUGACCAUGGAUCCCAACAAUCCCACACCCGGGAAUCUACGUCAACAUCCCAUGCCCCAUUAUCGAUUGCGCGCCCUUGCCAGUUGAUCCAGCCCAUCUACAUCCGCGAGGGCGGAUCGAUCCCAACAAUCCGCUAUCUGGAGAAAGAAUUCAACGCGCCGGCCGCUCAUUUACCCUGUGGCCAAGCAAGUGACCAUGCACACUUGGACAAUGAGCGACUGAGAGUUGAGAAUUUGUAUAAGAGUCGAGAGAUUAUGGCGCGGGUAUUUAGAGAUUUGGGAAAGGAUGUGAAUGUGAAUGGUAAUGAUGGUGUUCUCGAGGAUGAUAGUGCUGGUAGUGAAACAGAGGGCGGAUGGCUUGCAGAGGAGUAG